AUGUCAGGACUUCACUGUACGUUGGCCCCGUCGCUUACAACCCUCGCCCCACAACCCUCGCCCCACAGCCUUUGCCCUACAACCCUCGCCCCACAACCCUCACCCCAUAACCCUCUCUCUACAACCCUCGCCCCACAGCCCUCGUUCACAGCCCUCACCCCACAACCCUCACCCACAACCCUCACCCACAACCCUCGCCCCACAACCUUCACUCCACAACCCUCUCUCUACAACCCUCGCCCCACAAUCCUCACCCCACAACCCUCACCCCACAACCCACUCUCUACAACCCUCACCCCACAACCCUCGCCCACAGCCCUCGCCCCACAACCCUCGCCCACAACCCUCGCCCCACAAACCUCGCCCACGGCCCUCGCCCCACAACCCUCGCCCCAAGACCCUCGCCCCACAACUCUCUCCCCACAACCCUCGCCCCACAACCCUCAACCCGCCAGGCUGUGCUGCGGAGCACGCAUCCUACGCAUCCAGUUCUUGCGUAGAUCGCAUCGCCAAUUUCAGCACCAUUACGCUUCCAAUUGA